CGCGAAUGGCGGAAGGGCAGGUGCAACAUCAGAACCGAGCAGCAUUUUCACAAACAACUGUUAUUACAACGCAGAGAGGAAAGCUACCGAGGCGGCAGAAAGGCCCGUAGAUACGUUGUCUGGCAGAGGAACACAACCGGUCAUCUUUUAGUCGUCGGAGAGUCUGGAGGCCGGUCGACAUGACUCUGAACCAGAACCACUCGGAGUCCGGCGGAGUCAUCAUCAACAACAGUGAAAGUGUGUUGAUGAACUAUGAUAACGUGGAGCUUGUCUUCUGCGAUGCGGACAGUCUGCCUGAAGCCUUCAGAAAGAGCAAGAAGGGCAGCAUCUACCUAACUCCAUACCGGGUGAUCUUUGUGGCUAAAGGGCGGGACGCACUGCAGUCCUUCAUGAUGCCCUUUUACCUAAUAAAGGGCUGUGAGAUCAAGCAACCUGUAUUGGGAGCCAACUACAUCAAGGGUACCGUCAGCUCAGAGCCUGGAGGUGGCUGGGAGGGCAGUGCUAUGUUCAAGCUCAUCUUUGCUGCUGGAGGAGCUAUAGAGUUUGGCCAGUACAUGCUGCAGGUCGCAGCUCAGGCGUCGAGAGGUCAGCCAGUGACUGCUGGGUUUGGUGGAUGCCCUUACAUGGCCAACGGGGCUUAUGCUUACCCUCCUCCCCCUGCUAACGGGAUGUACCCUGCUGGACCUCCACCCGGCUACUCCUACCCCAACCCUCCUCCACCGGGUGGAUUCUACCCCAACCCUCCAGCGUUUGAAGCGUCUGCGGCCUACAUACCUCCGCCUCCUUAUUCUGCUCCUCUAGGCCAGCAGCCCCCCCACGACCCUGACCUCCCCUCCUCAGCAGCAGCGGAGGCCAAAGCAGCCGAGGCAGCAGCCAGCGCCAGCGGAGCCACACUGCCUCCUACACACGUGUACCUGCCACAGGACAAGCCUCCUCCCUACUCCCCACCAGAAGACAAGAAGAACCAGUAGACCUGCUUGAUGUCACCCUCACUGCUCUCUGUCUUUUGUUAUCUCUGUCCUACUGGAUCACCUUGUUUUCCAUUCCAUUAACUGGACAUCAGGAAGGCUAACGUUUUCCAUUUCACCAUGGAUCCCUCUUUCUCAUCUUCCUCAUCAGUCCAUGUGGUUCCACCUUUUCAUUCCAUUGCUUUCCCACCUCAGCCUACACCUUUUCACAUUCAUCUGAAUUAUUCCUAUAUUGUAAUGGGUUUCAUUCUCUACAGAAGCACCUUUUACUUGAUGGUAAUAAGAAGUAUUGGUAGCGACCUUUGAGGCCAGAGUUGUCUGGAUUUAGAGGCUUUUUUUUUCCUUCAAUGUGGUUGACAAAAACUUUGUAACCUGAUGAGCUAUUUUACCAUUCAACUGUCUUACAGGUGUCCCAAGAAUCAUACCGCCACCCUAAACUUCAGAUUCAGCCGAGUUGUGACACUCACUUAGGCUUUUUCUAUGACUGUCUCAUUAAACUAGAAUGAAUCGAACAAUGUUAAUUACUUUGCUAGUCUAUUCAGAGGCAAGCUGAAUGCAGUGUUUUAUUUUUCUAUUAUUUGUGUGUACAGGCUUUUAAUAUGUAGACUUUUCAAAAUGAGAUGUUUUCUCGAGAACACUAACCUAGAGGAAAAACGAACUUUUGUAAAGGGAGCGGAUUGCAGUGCCGCCUGGUCUGCUUUGACGUGUUUCAGUGGACGAGAGGACCACAAAGAUUAGAGCGGCGUCGAGCCCACGCAGUCAAUCCCUGAUCCUGGAUUAGAGGCAGAGAGCGAGGGCGACCACACUGCCAGAAGGGAUUAUCUUUACAAUGUGCAAGAGCAGAGCAGUUACCCAAUGAUGUCACUUCCUGUUUUGUCAUGCCUCUGAACAUUUCGAGAAAACAAAUGGUCACAGACUCACCGCCAGCCUGCUUCACCUCUCAUUCUUCUUAUGUACAUUGUAGAAACGAACAUGAACAUUCGAUGAUCUUUCUCACUGUUUCUACUUCCUGUGGUUGUGGUCUUGACUCCCCCCAGUUUGAGGUCGGUCUUUAAAUCUGAUCUGAGCACCUCAGUAUCCGAGUCUCUCCGCUUCCAUCCUCCUUAGUCACUUAUCUGUAUACUGUAUCUGUGGCACAUCCGUGGCUGAUUCUUUGCACUCUCAGAAUGCUAUGCAUCGGGCUCCUGUUCGCUCUGUCAUGGCUGUGUGUAUGAUAAUAAUAAUAAAGCUCUGUAUUUAUUUCAAACUAAUUUAUUGAAUAAUUCAUGUAAAAUGGCUCAAGUACGGAAAACAAAGCAUGAUCUCAACUCAUGCAUGUAUGCAUUGGAUUUUAUUAAAUGGAUCUUGAUUCAUGUGAAAA